UUCUAGUGAACUAAGUCGAUUUCCUGUGUUGUAUUUGUUUGAAGAAAUUGGAGUGUGUUAUAAGUAAAGCAUAUAAUGAUAUAAAUCAUGUAUUAAUGGUAGAUUUACCUGUUGAUCGCAUUUAUUUCAGAGAACUAUUUGGUGAACUUAUUUUUCCACUAAUUGAGUUAAUUGAAAUGUGACCAUUUGACAUUUCCUGACAGAUUCACGUGAUGUUGAAAGGCGUUCCUAUUUUAAGAAACAAGUACAUUGCUUCGAUCACAAAAGCUUCAAGUACAAAAUUUUUUGUUUGGUAAACGACAGCAUAAACACAAGAAUACAAAAAUUAAAUCCCAAGUUUACUUUUUUAUCAGUUUGAAGUUCCAGUGAUUUUUGUGCAUCCACAGCCUGAGACUGAAGAAUUGUCCACAAAGCAGAGCUAGGAACUGACGUGCUCAGAAUGUCAGAGGGUACGUCGGAAUCCGAUGAUGAUAUCUCGCUGGAGGAAUCGUUGUUGUUAUGUGCGAGACGUGGACAGACGAGCAUCAUAGGUGACAUUCUACAGAGCGAACAGGCUGGCACUGUGCAUGUAGACAUUAACUGUAAAGGCUGCCAGAAGUCAAAUCGAGGAUGGACUGCGCUCCAUUUAGCUGCCUAUUUCGGUCACACAGACACUGUCAAAACACUGUUAAAGUAUGGUGCUAAUGUGAAUGAAGUCAACAACACUGGGGACACGGCCUUACACAAAGCUGCCCACACUGACAGACUGGAGGUUGUUACAGUUUUGCUACAAAAUGGUGCUGAUGUGUCAAUGCUAAACGCUGAGGGUCACACUGCGAAAUCAUUGACACAUAACCCGGAAAUAAUACAACUUAUAGAAGCCGCAGAAGUCCAUGAAACCAGUCGCGUAGAAGAGGAGUUUAUGACGUCUGUGAGGCACGGGGAAGUGGAAAAAAUUAAAGAUCUAGUCAGCAGCGGCAAGGUGAACAGUGUAGGGUGCCUGGACAGUUUCGGUAACUCUGCACUACAUAUAGCAGCCCAGUCUGGUCAGAAAGACGUGGCAGUGUUCUUGUUGCAACAGGGUAUUGAUGUCAACACGAAAAACAAUCAAGGACAACUAGCAUGUGAUGUGGCCAAGAAUGAGCAAAUGCGACAGUUAUUGCUGGUGAAACCCUGGAAACAGGCCAUGAAAGUGCCCAACAGAUUUGAGGGGCUUCUUAUAAAGAAGAAGUUUGUAGGCACAACACCCAUCUGGGUCGUUCUGGAACGAGGCGUCCUGUCAUACUUUAAAAAUAGGGGUGAUGCCACCACGGGUGCUAAACGUCGCGGUAUGAAGUACCUUGACAACGCUGAACUCCAGAUAUAUGAGAUGAACAACAUUGAUUUCCUGAUCAAGUUUUCUGACGGCACGAUCCACAAGCUGUGUGUUGACCCGGGAGCCAGUGAGGUCAGGUUAGGUCGCGACCCAGUUACUGGAGAGGUCAUAUCUAGGCAGAUGUGGAUAAAUGCCCUGAAGGAGCAUGUUGCAUACAACACCCACUACAUGGACACCGGGAACAUGAAACAUUCCUCGUCAACCAGUCAGGUCCCAUUGAUAUCAUUACAGGAGUCUCUGAAAGUUGCCAAAGCGCAGCAGGACGUUUUGGAGCGUCAAGUAAACCAGUUGGCAGAGCACAUGAAUCACUCUCAGGGAUAUAACCAUCAGUGUAAAUGUUCCAAGCUCCGAGGAGAAAUAGAGAAGACCGUGGCGUACUCUCAAGACGUGUACCAAACCAUGUCACACUGCAUCGCGUCAUUUGCUCAACAACAAGAGGUUCAAGAAAGGGAGCUGCACAACGAACGAGAAAAGAACAGAAUUCUAGAAGAAUCUAUACAUGCCUUAGCCAUGGAACAUCAUGAGUUGGAAAGAUCCUACUCGCAUAGUGUACGCUCGCGCAGUGUGUCGUCCUUGGGAAAUGACGAAUUCUUUGACUGUGAAGAUGAUGAAAUUGUCGAUGUUCAUUUACCUCUUUCGCCGAGAUCUUCUGUGGUCUCGCCUGCUCCCUCAUACAAGUCUUGUAUGUUCGACCUUGAUACCAACGACAGUCUAGAAAAUUCUGCAUCACUGGUGACAAUGAACUUUCAACUGUGUUUAGAUGGAAGGAAGGAGUUGCCGGUGCCAAUGUUUGAUCGUAACAACUUCAGUAUCUGGAGUAUCCUUAAGCAAUGCAUUGGAAAGGAGUUGUCCAAGAUCACGAUGCCAGUUGUGUUCAACGAGCCAAUAACCUUCCUCCAGCGUAUCACAGAGUAUCUAGAGUAUUCCACGCUACUCGAACUGGCGGCUAAACAGGAUGAUCCAGUCGACAGGCUGCAGUAUGUGGCAGCCUUCGCAGUGUCAGCUGUCUCAUCAAACUGGGACAGAAUAGGGAAGCCUUUUAAUCCAUUGCUGGGAGAAACCUAUGAACUGGACAGACCAGAUCUCGGCUUCCGUCUGAUAUCGGAACAAGUGUGCCACCACCCACCUAUCAGCGCAUUCCACAUUGAUGCAACAUUGUACAAGUUCCACGGCUCCAUUAACCCCAAACUGAAGUUCUGGGGCAAGUCAGUGGAGAUCAAUCCAAAGGGAAUGCUGACCCUAGAAUUUCCACAACGCGGGGAGUCCUACACCUGGCAGAACGUGAACUGUCAGGUACACAACGUGAUCGUGGGCAAGAUUUGGAUUGAACACACGGGAGUUAUAGAGAUUGUGAACCACAAGACCAAACACAAGGCAGUGUUAAACUUCAAGCAGGGAGGUUGGUUUGGAAAGGACUUGCACAAAGUGGAAGGAUUCAUCUACGAUCAAAACAAGAAGAAGGUCAAGGCUCUCUAUGGCAGCUGGGUGUAUGACAUGUUUGCAGUGGAUAUCGAUGCUUUUGAAGAGUACAUGAAGAACAUACCACACCCCUCACCAAAACAUGCCUCGUCGGAGAAUGGCAGCAAUUCCUCGGACGUAGAGGACAACAUUCCCACCCACCACCUGUCAGCGUUCAACCUCAACAUCCCCGGUCAGGUGACCCUGUGGAGUGCCACACCCCGACCACCUAACAGUGACAAGUACUUCAGUUUUACGUCGUUCUCCCUAUGCCUGAACGAACUGCGUCCAGGAAUGCUUGACACACUGGCACCCACUGACUCACGCCUAAGGCCGGAUGUUCGCAUACUGGAGGAGGGAAAUAUAGAUUUGGCGGGGGAGGAGAAGAAUCGACUUGAAGAGAAACAGCGGGCUGUGAGGCGAGAACGUAAGAAGAACAACUCAGAGUGGAAUCCGAUAUGGUUCAAGCAGGCAAUAAACCCAGUCACUGGCAAAGAAGACUGGUUGGUCACUGGAAGCUACUGGACGCGGAACUGGUCUCAAUGUCCCAACAUUUUCUGACCAUCCAGAAAACCUUAGAAUACCCAAAGUCCUGUAACACUGUAGGAGAAAAACAUCCAGAAGUCUUCUGAUUCAUCAUCAGGAAAAGUGAACGAUUUCUAAUCAGGGCCUUCUCUGCCAUUUGCCAAAUAAGCAAAUGGCUACAAAUUAAGAGAAAAUUUGGCAGAAUAAAUUUCCAUUUGGCUAAACACUUUUUCUUCAUAAAACUCUGUAAAACUGAUUAACGUGAAGAAAUUAUGUGUUCUACUGUAAAUUUGGCUAAAGAAAAUUUUGAGCCCUGAUAAUGUGUUCGGAUAAAUCGGAAAAAUGAUGGUGUUUAUGAAAGUCUGGGAAAUCCGUGCUUGUGAUGAACGUUGUUUAGAAACGAGUCUGUCGAUGGGAGGAAAUUAAGUCAUGAGAUUUAUUGGGAGAAAGCAAAACAUAACAUAAUGACAGUGUAGUAUCGGGAGAUUAAGUGGAAGAUUUUGUACGACAGCGUGGAAUGUUUUUAUGGAAGACUUUUGCAUUUUGGAUUAACUGUUAUUGGAAUACAUUUUUAAGAUCUGAGGCACUGUUCACCAAUCUUUGUAGUGAUAAGUUGUGUUAAAGGAAAUAUUUCAAAUGUGAUUUUGUUUUGUUAUUUUGCAUUUUGGUCUUUUUCAUCGGCAUGUUCAAAAUAAGAAUGUAUUUCAAAAAUGAUUGAAAUUAAGUUCUUGUUAACUAGCCGAAACGCGUUAACUAGCCAAAAUGCAUGGGAUUUAUUUUCAAAAAUGUAGAAUUUCUUUUAGAAAAUAUGGAAUUUCUUUUAGAAAAUAUGAGAUUUCCUUUCGAAAAAAGGCAAUGAAUUUUGGAGACUACUUCCUAGAUUUCUGCAUCAGGUACAUGACUCCGCUUAAAUAGAAUUUGUCAUUUUCGUUUAAAGGAAGUCACCUUUAGUCCUUAACAACUGCAGACUGCACAUGCUAAUGUGGGACAAUACUUUAUGCACAUGUGUUAAGCCCAGUUUUUCCCUAGCGCAGCUUAUACUAUUAUAGCUCCUGAAAGCUUGGGAACAUACAUGUAUAGUGGUUGUUUGUUGAAUUGCUUCAAAUACAAAUCCAUCAGUCUUUUGUUCAUUAUUGUUGCACAUUGUUUUUUUGUGUAGGAUUUUGUGUGAAUAGAUAACUCCUGGUGAUCUUGUCAAAUGACUUCAUGCCUUUUCCUGGCCAUUUUGGGAAAAAAUGCCAUUCGGGAUCUCGGAAUUUUUUUAGCAAAAAAAAUAUAAAAAUUAUAUAAUAUAUUAAUUAAGGAUCUUAAAAUAAACAGGGUAACCCUCAACAGGGGCAGGGUAAAAUUAACAUUUGACAAGUCACAUGAGGGUGUAUGUGCAUUCACAUUUCACUUACAUUAAUAAUGGCAUUUAUUCUCAAUGCAUUUCAUGUAAUUAGCAAAUACUGCGUUACUGUAUUGAUUGUUAUUGCCGCAGGGUUUUUUCUGCUUUUUAAAAAAGGCCUAAAACGUACCCAAUCCCAUAGCAAACAGACCGGAUCCCCUACCGAAAGUGUAAUAUAUUUUUUCUGAAUUAAAAAAAAUAUAUAGAAAAAAUAAUUAUUUUUUAGAAACAAGUGUCUAAUAAUUGUUAUAUCUCAAUUUUAUUUCAUAAACAUUAAGAUUUAUAUAACUAUAAUUUAUAUGAUUUGGUCAAUAUUUAUUGAUAAAAAAAUUAAUAUGAUCCAAUAUGGUCCAUUUUGUCGUUAAAAAAUUCGCAGAUUUGCCAUUUUAUCGAUUUAAAAAAUCCCAAUUUGACCAGACUCCUUUUCCCGAAAUGGUUAGAAAAAACCCUGUAGCUAUUUUCAGGUUGCUUUUAUUGUUAUUUGAUUGACAUUACAGAUGAGUAAACAUGUUCACGUAAAUUGAGCACCUAAUUUAUGUAGUACACAAUGCAAAUGUCUUGAUUAUUAUUUUGUCAUGUAUAUAUUUAUUAUUGUUAUUUUAUCAUUUGUAUAUUGAAUAAUUCAUAAUGGUUUGUUCAGUUGGAAUGUUGUCAUAUAUUGCUCUAAAUUCUUUCGCCAUACGUAUGGGUGGAUGUUUUUUGCGUUUGGUGUUAUACUACAAGUCAACCAUUUAGUUUUCAGGUUUCCUUUAUUUCACUAAGAUAAAGGAUCAUUUUCUGAAAUUGUUACCAACAUUAUAAAGAAAGAUAUUUAUGUCAUUUAUAGAUAUAGAGGUACAUGUUAUUAAUGUAUUACCGUAGGUUUCCACGUAUAGCGCGCAGUGUUUUACCUCCAAAAUUCAAAUUAAAAAGCUGGUGCGCGCUAUACAUUGAUACAACGCUAUCCUGGCUGCUAAAUUGGUAAAAAAUAUGUCGUGUAAUCGUAAAUAAUCAAAAUGGCUGCCAUGUUUUUUUCAGACUGAGGGGCCAUUGUCGAAACAACAAGAAGUCACUACUGGUAGAUAUGAAUGUGGUAGAAGAAGCUUUGUUCAAAAAUAAAUUUGUUUAAAUAAACUUGCGGACAUUUCUUUGUUUGUGGGGAUUGUUGUCGACAUUCCGGAGAGCGGGCAAGGUUAGGUGCGAACCAGGUCUUUUUUGCGGGUAACGGUAGGUGUGAAAGGGGGUCAUCUUGCACUUUGUAAUUGGCAGAUGUUAUUGAGCAAUUUGUGCCACGGCUUGUUAAGACGCUAAUUGACAUUUGAGACACUAAUUGACACUUGAGAACGUGAAGAUAUGCAAUUGCAUUUUGUGUGUAUAAAUAUUGAACGUUCAACAGUGGACUAGUACGUGUACCUCAACAACUGUACCCCUGUCUCCCAUGCGACAUUCAAAUUUACCGGUAAUGCCCAUGCUUUCCCCGAGGAAAAAUCACACGAUGUACACUAAUUCUUAUUUUCUCACGUUUUUUCACGAAAUGCACGUGGACUGUUAAACUUUGGCUAGAAAAUUACAAAAUUGUCAGAAAAGUAUAGUGCUAUGCAACCCAUGCUCCUUAUCAUAAUGACGCUUCCUAUUUUGAAUGCUUAAUUAAGCUUUCCAAUGCCCCGGAUUAUUGGAUUGUGCAAUAGUAAAAUGGCGGCCAUUUUCGGUCCGAUUUGGUGGUUUUAUUGUCUUUUAAUAUUUUUUUCUCCAUUUAUGCAUUUAAAAAACAGCCUUCGCGCUAUACACGGGAGUGCGCUAUACGUGGAAACCUACGGUAUAUAGAUAGAUGUAAAUGUCAUUUAUAGAGAUAAAUGUAAAUGUUAUUUAUUAUAGAGAUACAUGUGAAUAUCAUUUAUAGAGAUAAAUAUAAAUUUCAUGUAAAGACAUAUAUGUAAAUGUCAUUUAUAGAGAAAGAUGUAAAUGUCAUGUAAAGACAUAGAUGUAAAUGUCAUUUAUUGAGAUAGAUGUAAAUGUCAUGUAAAGACAUAGAUGUAAAUGUCAUUUAUUGAGAUAGAUGUAAUUAUGACUUAUAGAGAUGUUUGUAAAUGUCAUUUAUAGAGAUAGAUGUAAAUGUCAUUUAUAGAGAUAGAUGUAAAUGUCAUUUAUAGAGAUAAAUGUAAAUGUCAUUUAUAGAGAUAGUUUUACAAUCAGGCAAAAAUGCAUUAAAUGUAGAUGUUAAGUUUGGUGUUUGUAUAAAAAAUGUGGGCAUUUUCAUGUUCACAGGGUUAAUUAUUUAAAAUGUAAGCCAGUAUUUAGGAUGCAAUUCAACUUUUGUUUUUAUAUCAGUAAUAGUAUGUAUGUGCAAUUAAUUGAAUUGGCUUAAUAUAAUUUAAAAAUUGAGUUUUUUUGAACUGUAAAAUAAUUUCAAAAUUGAGUUUGUUUGAACUCUUAAAUAAUUUCAAAAUUAAGUUUGUUUGAACGUUCAAAUAAUUUCAAAAUAAAGUUUGUUUGAAUGUUGAAAUAAUUUCAAGAUUAAGUUUGUUUGAACUUUGGUCAGGUUCUUAGUUGUUAUAAUAUCAAACAAACUUCAGUGUAAAAACUUACAUUUGAGACUAACUCUAGGAAAAGGUGGUUAAAUGCAUGUACGUAAAAUAUCGUAAUGUAUUACCAGAAUGCCUGGUUUUGACUUAUGCAAGCAAUCGAUGUUGUUUAAACAAAAAAAUUAGCUCGUCUGAAAACAUAUGCAAGCAAUUGAUGUUGUUUAAACAAAAAUGUUUAGCUUGUCUGAAAACAAAGCUUAAGUUUUUUAGGUCAUCAUGGUGUAAUGAAUAUGAUAUCUGCCUUGCGAUCAGAAGGUCACGGGUUUGAUCCCCACUGUUGGAGCGUUCUGUCGAUCUCCCCCAUAGACACAAAGUACUGGUUCUUGUCCCAGGAAACAGACUCGAAAGCAUUUCAAAGAAGCCUUAGGAGCUAGGCGGACACUGUAUUUACUACGUCACGGCCAUCUCAAAUUUCUUUUUCAGUCUCAUUGUUUGCAAUGUAUAGUGAUUGUGUUACUGCUUUGUAUUUUAAUUAUAUGUGCAAUUUAGGAGGAAUGGUUAGGAAUUUUUUUUAGCUCCACUGGCCAAAGGCCAGCAGGGCUUAUGUCAUGGUCCUGUGUCCGUCGUGUGUGCGUGCGUGCGUCCGUGUGUGCGUGCGUUAACUUUUUCUUUAAACAUCUUCUCCUAAACUACUGGUCCAAUUCUGAUGAAAUUUCUCAAGAAUGUUCCUGUGGUGAUCCUCUUUCAAAUUUGUUCAAAUUAUGCCCCUGGGGUCAAAUUUGACUUUUCCCCUGGGGGUAAAAAAAUUGAAAAUUUGCUUAUAUAAGGCCUAUUUUGUGCAAACUUAAAAAGUCUUCUUGUUCUUAAUUUUAGAGCCUAGGGCUACUAAAUUUGGUAUGUUGUGAUAUCUAAUAGUUCUCAACCAAAUUUGUUCAAAUUAUUCCCCAGGGCUCAAAUUUUACCCUGUCCCGGGAGGUCACAAAACUGAACAUAUGACGUUUACCAGGGGAGAUUACUGCGGCCGUGUGGCUGUGACCACCAACAACAACAACAUCUUGUAAACAUGAGAUAAAACCCUGUCAUUUAGUUUCAUUUUAGAUCAGAUGGUGACUGCUUACAAAGGAAUUGAAGUAAGAACAUGUGUUCUGAAUGUUUUUCUUAUAAACUGAAAAAAAUCGGGAUUUAUUUAAAUAUGUCGAAAGUGACCAUAUAUCCGGAUAAAAAAAAUUCGGAUGACAUGUUUAUUUAAUGUCUUUUUUGUAGUGUUUAAACCAGUUUAAUAAUAUCUUAUUGAUUUUAAAACACAAGUUCCAUGAACAUAAUUAUUUCCAGAAAAGUCAAUAUAUGAUACUGCAUUGUAAACUCAAACUUUGUAUCCAAGAGAAGGUGUUGGAAUUAAUGAAGUGCAAUGUUCUUAACUAUCGUAUACUGGUCAUGUACGUAAUUCCGGCCUGUACGUAAAAAAUCGGCCACCUGUGUAAAAUCAUUUUCAUGAUCUUAACGCACAUAUUUUGUUUUUAUUUAGAAAAAUCAACAUGAAAACCAACCCCACUCUCAAUAUUUUGCAAAUGUAGGAACCAUAUCACUGUAAACUUUUGUGUUAUAAUGUCACAAAUAUAGCAGGACAUAUUUGGCUCAUGGGGAAAGUGAUGUCAUCAUGAGUUGCAACAAUUAUAUUCAUAUAAGAAACAAAUAUAUUUGAUAAAAUUAUUUUUAUUCAAUCUAAUAAACUUUAAUUAAAGUUUUACCAAUUAAUUGUACAAAAACUUAUAUUCAAAACAUACAAAUCAGAACCUAAAUAUAAAUUUUUAAUAUAUGAAUUACCUCCCUUUAUAAGAAUAUUACUAGAUUACAUGUUUUAAUAUUAUAUAUAAGCGUUUACUAAUAAUCAACACUGAAGUCAACUUUUCAAACAAAAUAUGUUUACUUUUUUAGCUAUGUUUGAAAAAAGUUAUUAAACGCAUUAAAAACAAAUAUUUUUUAAUGAAUAAGCAGUUUCCCAUUGUUUAUAUUUAUUAAAAUAGGUAGGGGGAGUAACUGGUAUAAUAAUUUCUCAUUUAUUUUAAAUUUCAAGUCAAAAAUUUUAAUAGUAUAAACAUUGAUUAAUACUCUGAAAUUGAGGACAUUUGUCAAAAGAUAUUGCUUUGUAAUUUUAUCUGCAGAUCAAACUGAAAAGUGGCCAAUUUUUUAGGUACAUUUAACCUACGAAAAUGCAUAGUUUACAUGUCAUCAUUUUCUGUUCAUUAAGUAACAUUCACCGAUCUAAUUCUAUUAAAAUUUUCAUGCUAGGUGAGUUUUGAACCCAGGAUUAUAUAUGUGAAGUUUAGUUUCAACCAGUUGCCUAACACUAAAGAUUUUUCUUAAAUAGUCCCAAAAGUGGCCGGAAUUACGUACAUGACCAGUAUGCUGCUUUUUAAUAACUAAUGAUUCAUUGUUCCAUUUGUGAAUUGUGACUCAUGAAUUGUGGAGAUAUGAUUGUCAAUUGCUCAACGAUCCAUAUAAAUUUCUGAUCUUUUUUUUUUUUUAAUAUAAGUUAUGAAUUGAUCUUAGAAGUCAAAUGUUUUACUUAAUUAAAUACAUUUAUAAAUAUAAGAAAGAAUCUUUAGAUUAUCAUAUAAUUCUCAGGCCUGUUGGUCUAAGGGAUGUGUGGGUUGUUAAUUAUAUUUAUGCUCCUCUUCGAAGAAGAGUGUUUAUUGUUUUGCACGUCGGUCCGUCCGUCGUCCGUAUGUCCGUCCACCAGAUGGUUUCUGGAUGAUAACUCAAGAACGCUUAGGCCUAGGAUCAUGACACUUCAAAGGUACAUUGAUCAUGACUCGCAGAUGACCCCUGUUGAUUUUGAGGUCACUAGGUCUAAGGUCAAGGUCACGGUGACCCGAAAUAGUAAAAUGUUUUCGGGAUGAUAACUCAAGAACGCUUAUGCCUAUGAUCAUGAAACUUCAUAGGUACAUUGAGCAUGACUCGCAGAUGACCCCUAUUGAUUUUCAGGUCACUAGGUCAAAGGUCAAGGUCACGGUGACCGGAAAUAGUAAAAUGGUUUCCAGAUGAUAACUCAAGAACGUUUUAUGCCUAGGAUCAGGCGUAACAAAAAUAAUUGUUUGUUUCCGGUUUCCCGACCCUUCCUAAUUUUUUGCCGCUGGUCCUUAUCUUUUUUGAGCCCAAAAUUCGAAAAAAAUCGGACCGCGUAUUUUUCAGCGACGCUGAAUAAACUUGUCUACGUUAUCCGCAUAUUAUUUGUAUUGUUAUUGAAGCGCACGUGGUAGCUGGCCAAUCAGCAUUGAGUUUGCUAACACAUAAUAUUGGGUCAUUCAUGCACAGACACUGUACACUUGGAAUACUCAGUCAGUUGAUCUUGUCGUCUGCCAACAAUAUAGCGGCCGAUGGCAAACGUCGUAUUUAAAGAUAAACAAAUCAAAAGAAGCGUACCAAUAAAUAAUUUAUUUCUAAGCUGAUUACCCAACACCUUUCUCCUGACUAUUGAUCUGAAUUAAAGGAUGAUAAUUAAAUAAUUAGUUCUAUUUCGACGAUGUUACACCUUUCUGCCGACUAUCGUUUGAAAUUAAAAGGUGAUAAUACAGUUGUUUUUUACCCACAAAAAAUGCUAUUGUAAAGCAAUUUUGUCAACCAAAUUGUAUAUUUGCUAGGUUUUGCAAUGUCUGCAGUCAAACGAUAUGCACAUUUUAUUUAAUGUGGAAAACGCGUACAAUUUUUCGGACUGUCGAUUUCGGAUACAUUAGUUUUCGUCGAUUAUAAUUUAUUUUCGAAGUUCUUUAUAGAAGAAAUAGAACGACGAAUGCACAUGAGGUGAUACGGACGGUGUGGUUAAAAUAUUUUAAAUUGUAUUCACCUGAAAAUACAAUUGGAAAGACUAUAAAAAAGAGCAAUUAGUAAGGGCUCUGGAUGGGGUGGGGGAUCUGCCCUUUCUUCCUGUUGGGUUUAUGUGGCUGCAGUUCCAAGAUCCCCGGCCUAGUUUUCAGGAUUUCAAAUUUGGAACAAUCGACACCCCUAUUUAAUGUACAUCGAUAAAAUAACUUAUGUUUGUACUUUGACAAGUACCAUACUAAUUAUUUCCAUAUUGAAAAAUGUAUGUUACAUUAUGAUAUGUGAUAUGCCCUUCUUGUCAUUAAAAGAAAUAUAAACAAGUUGAUAGUAAAUGUAUAUAUAAUGAUUUCUAAACCAGUUUUCGCGCAUCGAAAAACAAAAACCUGGUUGGCUCAAAGAAAUUUUGGGACAGCGCUAGCCCUUGUAGAUAGACCCCACGACACCAGUACAUAAUAUAAUCUGAAAAUGUGGUCUUUUGGAAGCAUAAACUGCAUCCAAGAAAUAUAAUAGCACACCCAGUUUGAUUGGGUCUGUUCAUGGUGAUAAUGUUACAUGCAACACCACUCGCGUCCCCCUUGCACGGCUUUUGGGCUAUUUAAUAUAUUAUAAAUUAUAAAUAAUAUAGUAUAUACUCCAUGAUCCCAAAGGAACAGAAAGUAUAACAAAACUGAAUCCCUAUAGACACUGAGGGUCAAGCUUACUGCGACUUUAGUAAUGCCUUUUAUUGGUCAUAAAAUGGACUAUUAAAGCCGUUGCCAGCAGUCACCAUUAAACUCAGAAAUAAGGAAAGCAACAAAUGCAAAAUUAAUGAACAGCAAGUUUUUAUUUCAUAAAAGCAUUUAAAUAAAGCCAUAUAGCAUUACAAACAUCAUCAAAUUUAUUGUACAUACAGUUGUACACACAAAAAUGAGAAGAAGAUGCACCAUGUACGACAUUUUCUAAAAAAAAAAAAUUUUUUUAAAUAAUAUUAUUUGCCUACCUACCUACCCUAAUUUUUUAGGCCAUGUCAGUGGAAACAAACAUAUUUUUUUGUUAGGCCUCAUGAAACUUCAUAGGUGCAUUGAUCAUGAUUCGCAGAUGACCCCUAUUGAUUCUCCGGUGAAAGGUCAAGGUCACUGUGACCCGAAAUAGUAAAAUGUUUUCUGGAUGAUAACUCAAGAACGCUUAUUCCUAGGAUCAUGAAACUUCAUAGGUACAUGGAUCAUGACUCGCAGAUUACCCCUAUUGAUUUUCAGGUCACUAGGUCAAAGGUCACGGUGACUCAACUUAGAAAAAUGGUUUCCAGAUUAUAACUCAAGAACGCUUACGCCUAGGAUCAUGAAACUUCAUAGGUACAUUUAUCAUGACUCGCAGAUGACCCCUAUUGACUUUCAGGUCACUAGGUCAAAGGUCAAGGUCACAGUGACUUCACACAGUAAAAUGGUUUCCGGAUGAUAACUAAAGAAAGCUUACGCCUAGGAUCAUGAAACUUUAUAGGUACAUUAAUCAUGACUCACAGAUGGACCCCUAUUGAUUUUCAGGUCACUAGGUCAAAGGUCAAGGUCACAGUGCCAAAAAACGUAUUCACUCAAUGGCCGCCACUACAACUGACAGCCUAUAUGGGGGGGGGGGCAUGAAUGUUUUUCAAACAGCCCUUGUUUGAGAUGAUUCUUUACAAAGAAAGAUGCUACUAUUGUAUUUGUUAUAAAUGUGUGAAAGGCUCUAAGAAGGAACCAGAGAUUAUUAACCCUUUACCAAACACCAACAGGAUUUUACGGGUUUAUAGCUGACGACUUUAUAAAUAAUUAUGAUAAAAUGAGAAAUUGCUCAAGAUGAGCAAUUUCUCCUUUUAUCACAAUUAUUUCUACCCUACCUGAUUAUUUCCUUAAUAUUCCAUUACAAUUGAAUUGUCGUCUGCAACCUUUUUCAAAUUGGGAAAGUCCAAAAUGUGUUGUUUGGUAAAGGGUUAAGGAAUUUUGAUUCCUACGGGUCUUGUGAUCUGUUUCAAAUCAAAUGCGUAUAUUUGAUCUUCAGCAUCUAAAAAUAUGUGAAAUAGAAAGAACGACAAUAUCUUCUGGAGAGAUAAAUGUACCUACGUUAUAAGCAAUGGGACUGUGCUUCAAAGGAACAAUUCCCGGGCUUUUUAGUCUGUUUAGUUUACACGGUAGUAACUUUUUCCAUAUAUUAAAAUGCUCACCCUUCCAACUUUAAGCGUCCAGUGGGACGAGGGAUAGACAGAGAAAGUCACAUGCUUGAGUACAUUUCAACCCAUGCGCAUUGCACGUUUUUUUUACGCAUAAAAAAACAGUGGAGCGAUACAGGGCCAUCAUGGCCCUCUUGUUUAAGCUCACCUUAAAGGGGCCUUUUCACAGAUUUUGGCAUUUUUUAACUUAUUCAUUAAAUGCUUUAUAUUGAUAAAUGUAAACAUUGGAUCGUAAAAGCAUCAGUAAAAAAUCAAGAAUAAAAUUUAAAAAAGGAAAAGAACAUUGCCCGGAGCAGGUUUCGAACCAGUGACCCCUGAAGUCCUGCCAGAGUCCUGAAGUAAAAACGCUUUAGCCUACUGAGCUAUUCCGCCGAGUACACAUUCUUAACGUAUUUUAUACCUUAUAUAAGCAAACUUUGUAGUUUCACAAAAUUUAACGACAAAAACAGAACUCUCCAAAUUAUUCAAUCGUUUCGCGUUGCAACGCUUUAUAAUUUUUAGGUUUUAAAAUCGUCAAAAGAUGAAUAUAAUGGCUAUAUUAGAGCAUGGUAAAUGUUCAGUAUUACUGUUUCCUCACAAAUAUCAAAACUAAAACGAAAAUUUGCGGAUCUGAAACAACUUUUUUCAAUUUUGUCAAUUUACCAAAGCGUGAAAAGAUCCCUUUAAUACAAAGUGCUCAUUUGUAGCUUUAAGGGACUGUGUUAUCAGUGGUCCCUAGGGGAUGCUUGUUUUGUAUAAUGGUAAUUCGCUUCAUUUGUCCAAAAAGGUAUCAUACGCUACUCAAUUGCAAUGUCACAUCAUGAUUGGCUGAUUUAUGGUGAAAACACACAAAGAUAUUUGCUUCACGUGGUGAUUGUAGAAAGUAGUGCCUAUUUGUAAAGAGUUCUCUUUCUCUUCUGGAUGAAUAGCCAUUUUGCGAUCGCGCCCAUUCCUUUAGUGGUUAUCAACUGUUUCCUAAGUGUGUCUGUAACAUGUAUUUCAUUGGCAGCAACGUUGACAGACGAGAGUUUGUGGUGCAUUUAUUGAAGUGAAGGGAUUUUGUCGAAAUCUCACUGCCGAAUCCCCGAGUUCGCUCGCUUGCAUUUGGGCGAAUGGGAUUUUCUUAGAAGCUGCGUGAUAUACGUUUUUGAUUGCAUCUUUUGGAAUAAGAUCGAUUGAUUUUAGCACCAAUGGGGUAAUAAUUGUGAAAAUUGAAAUUUUGUUUAAUAUUGUCUCAGACAAUAUCAAAUCUGUGCCAUACAGAGUAAAAAACUAGAUAAAAACGAUAAUUAUAACACAAAAAUCGCAAAGUAUGCAAAUGAUAGCUUUUUCCUACAUGCAUCAGGUGAGCAACCUAGGGCCUUUAAGCCCGCAUGUUUAGAUUUAAAACCAUGUACAGUGUAUAAAUAUCAAUGUAUAUAUUUGCAAGUUCAUCUAAUUUAUACACAGUUAGAUAUCUCAUUGUUAUUAAUGUUAAUAUUUUGUUCCUGUUGUAUAUGUUGAGGGUUAAAUGCGAAACUGCUGAAUUUGCUGCACAUUUCUAUGUAAUAGCCCCGUCACACCGGACUGACGUCCUUAAGGCGACCUAAGACUGUGUUUCUGAAAUUACUGAUUGUCGUAGUAAGGACGCCAAUUACUUUUUCUGUAAAAAUGCUGUUUUUCGCCUUCCCGUCACACCAGCAUCCUGGUUUAUGGCGUUCUGUGCGUCCUCACGCCGUCCUUAAUACAUCCCUAAAGACGCACUGGGGUCGCAUUGGGAAUCAUAGUAGACCGGGUCGCAAUAGACGCCGUAAGGAGGCAAUGAAGUCGCAGUAAGGACAACAUAGUCGUUCUGAGGACACAAUAGACAUACAAAGGACGUACUAAAGUCGCAAUAAGGUCGCCGUACGGUCAUCUUGCAGUCAAUUAUCAUUUUCUUUGGGUUUGAGCGGCGACCACACGACUUCCAUGGCGAUCUUACAGCGACCCUACCACGUCCCUUAUUCGACUAUUGCGUCCUUAACAGAAUGCCGGAAAAAACGCAGGACUUCAGCGACCACUUUGAACAUGUUCAAAGUGGUCGUCGUGGGCUCGCGUCCUGAGCACUUUUUUGCGUCCUUACUGCGUUUUUCCGGCGUCUAUGGCGCCCGCACUGCGACUUGGGUCGCAAUAAGGACGCUGGUCCGGUGUGACGGUGGUAUAAGAUAGCAUAGUUUUGCACUCAACCCUCAAUAUGAGAAGUGCAGACUAUUCCGGGUAACAGAUGAAGUCCAGAUUUACUGAAUACGUUUUGUGGUUUACAAGGAAAUAUCCGUGAUUUAAAAACGAUAACUAUCUUUUUUUUAAAGUGAAUAUACAGUGAUUUAGCGAUAAUUUUCAAUAUUGUAGUAUGAAAUUUAUCAAUUUAUGUUUAUAAAUGGUUGAAAAAUUCAUUGAACACAGACUAACCUGAAAAUUACUGGCCCAUAAUCUUCUAUUUUUACAAAACAGAAAUCCGUAAAUAAAUGUGUGCACGAAAAAAUCAUUUUUUGAAAAAAAAAACAUGAAUUUUCAUGCAGACAUAGAUAAAUGAUUUAACAGUUUCUGUUACUCUGGAUGGUCUAUUAUGGCUGGUCUGUUAUGGCUGGUUAGUGAUAUGGCUCAACGCGUCUCUUCAGUGAUAUUACAUUAUUUAUGCACAGUGCUGUUUUCGUUUUGAUUUGGAUUUAUUAGCUGUUAAGUUAAUUAUUGAGAAUAAUUUCAUUUCUGAUUGAUUGAUUGCUGUUAUAAGUAUGCCUGUGUAUAGUUGAGAAAUUAGCCUUGCUCAAGAAAAAUGGAGCUUAAUGGGAUCAGUGUCAUCCCAGAUAAGCCUAUACAGUUCACACAGGCUUAUCACAGUGUCAUCCCAGAUAAGCCUAUACAGUUCACACAGGCUUAUCAGGAAAGACACUUUAAGCCUUUAUGGCAUUUUUUGUUUAAUUUAAGUCUCUUUAAAGAAAAAUCAAUUUUAGGCGGAAAGUGUUGUCAUUGAUUAGCCUGUGUAAAUAUCACAGGCUUAUCUAUGUCACACUUUACGCACAUGCAUUAAGCCCUGUUUUCCAAUAAAGCAGUUCAUCUGUAUUUUGAGUGUUGAUUUAUUGUAAAUUGUGGAAUGAUGAACCUUGACCUGAUCAGAAAACAAAAUUGAUUUGGGUUUUAUUGUAUAACAUGCUUACAGCAACAUAUAUAAUACAACAAAUUUAUGAUGCACCUUACAUAAAUUGCUGUAUUUUCUUUAUUUAUUAGAACUUCAAAUUUAAUUUUCAUUUACACUUUUCUAUUAAACCUCACAAGGCUGGAACUUUUGGAAUGGUUGGCCACCCUAUUCUUUCUGGUCUGUUUGUACAGACUACAUAUCAGUUUUCCUAGAAAAUCUAUAAACCCACCUAGUAGAAACUCUUUGAAUCCACCUAGAAAACCUACGAACCAAACUAAAAAAUAUAUGAAACCAACUAGAAAACAUGAACCAACUAGAAAAUCUAUGAACCAAACUAGAAAAUCUAUAAUUCCCAACUUGAAAAUCUUUAAAUCCACCGAGAAAAUCUAUGAACCCAACUAGAAAAUCUAUGAACCCAACUAGAAAAUUUAUGAACCCACAUAGAAAAUCUAUGAACCAAACUAGAAAAUCUACAAACCAAACUAGAAAAUAUGUGAACCCACCUAGAAAAUCUAUUAACCAAACUAGAAAAUCUACAAACCCAACUAGAAAAUCUAUGAACCGAAAUAGAAAAUAUAUGAACCUAAAUAGAAAAUCUAUGAACCCAAAUGGAAAAUCUUUGAAUCCACCACUUGUUCUAUGCAAUUUGUUUAAGUAUCACCUCAUUACUCAAGCUUAUCCUGUUACUUGUUUAAACACUGUACGCCUAUUAUGUCCACUUGGGCUUUUGGCCUUCUAGAUGUCUUGUUUAAUUAACUGUAUUUGCCUUUUGCAUAUUGAACAGAUGUUUUAAAUAUUCAAAUGGUUUCAAAUAUUCACAUUCUUUGUAAGAAUAGUUCUAUAAAUAUAAGUGUGUUUAGAAAUGUAAAAUUCAUUUGAAAUGUAUAUGUACAUGAAAAGUGUGGUUUACACUAUGUUAUAUUUGUAUUUGUAUACAUGUAAUUCUAUAUGGUGUAAUUGACUGAUGAAUAAACAAAUAAAACAUGUCACUGCAA